AUGCCUGAAGGCCCAUCUCUUUGCAAUUAUAGUCCAUUUUUUUUACUGGAAAUGGAUUGGAAGGGGGAGCCAAAGAAUUUGUUAUUCGAGAUUGGAAUCCCGGAAAUAUCCCAAUGCAAGAGGGUGUUGUCGCCCAGCCUCACCACCACCACCAACAACAGCAACAACAUGUUUACGUUUUUGAGAAGGGAUGUUGGAUCGAUUGGAGAACAAAGAGGCUUUGAAUUUGGUUUCGGGUUUCUUUUGAAAAGAAAUUGA